CAGGACUGGCAGGUCUGAGAGGUGGGGCAGUGUCCUGUUGGCACGGCGAGGGGGAGGCGAGAAAGCUCAGGAGAGAAGAUGUGCAGAGAGGGCGAGGCGGGUGGCUAGCACAGUGUGCUGGGGGGAGGCCGGGAGCCCCAGCCUCCCCCUCCCUCCACGUCCUGCUGAUGCCCCACACCUGACUCAGGGAGGGUCAGGUGCCACCUCCUCUGUACUCCUCUGCUCCCUGGACUGGAUCUGCCUCCAAGUUCAUGGCUGUGUGCUCCAUCCUCCACAAGUGACAUGGCAACACCCCUCCCUCCGGAGAGAAGGGCCUGUGAGCGGGACGUGCAGUGUGGGGCAGGCACCUGCUGUGCUGCCAGCCUGUGGCUGCGUGGCCUGCGGAUGUGCACCCCACUGGGGCGCCAAGGAGAGGAGUGCCACCCCGGCAGCCACAAGAGGCCCUUCUUCGGGAAACGCCAGCACCACACCUGCCCCUGCUCGCACAAGCUGCUGUGCUCCAGGUUCCUGGACGGCAGGUACCGCUGCUCCACGGACCUGAAGAGCAUCACCUUCUAGGAGCUGUCCGUUCUCAGGACACGCGCCCGGCCUCGGGGGCUUCCUCUGGAUUUUCCUUUUCCGCCAUGCACCCAGCUCCCCUCAGCUCCCCUGGCCCACGGCUCCCACCUGAUCCCUGCCCAGGACACACAAGUAGUCCCAGCGAGGGGCUGCGGCCCUGAGGAGUGCCAGCCGCUUCUUCCCUGCUGAGAGGCUGUAGGGGGUGGAGAGGACGACACUCCCCACCCCGCCACCCCGCAUGCACCCUUUCCCUGACACCGGCAUCUGAACACAGGCCCUCGGCUGCAUGGCCAGACUCGCUGGUGCGAUGCCCUUUGUGCAAGGUCUCUGACCUCCAGACCUGAGGGCCCGGCAUCUGCCUUUGAUGGGAUAAGUCAUUAUUUGCAGACCACGGGCCCAAGGUCAGCUCUUUCCAGACAGCAGUGGACAGUCCCUCGUGCAGUUGUGGGGAAACCAUUAGGAUCAGUCAGAUUCCUGAUGGCUGUAAUCUCGCCUGCCUGAGCCCAAGACCUGUGACCUGUGACCGGCCUGUGUCCCUCCUGACCUUCACUGGGAACCAUUGGAGCCCCCACUUCCCACUGCCUCCUCAUUAAACGCAAUGCGGCAGGGUUCG